CCAGGCUCGGCGGCCGGGCCCGCCCCGAGUUCCGGAGCCCUCUUACCCCUGACUGGUCAGCUUAGCGGAGGAUGGCUCAGGAGAAGGGUAGGAACCUGUCCGAGGUACAGGCCUGGAUCGGGGCCUCCCACAACAUCAACGACCUGGACCGCAAGCUCCAGUUCUAUGGCCGCUGGGCUCCAGAUUACGACCAGGAUGUGGCUGCCCUGCAGUACCGAGCCCCCAGGCUUGCUGUGGACUGUCUCACCCAAGCCCUUCCAGGCCCACCCCAUGCUGCCUUGAUCCUGGACGUUGCCUGUGGCACCGGCCUUGUAGCUGCAGAGCUGCAGGCUCGGGGCUUCCUCCAGCUGCAUGGAGUGGAUGGGAGCCCAGAGAUGCUGAAACAGGCCCAGGCCUGCGGCCUCUACCAGCACCUCAGCCUCUGUACACUGGGUCAGGAGCCUCUGCCCAGCCCCGAAGGGACCUUUGACGCAGUGCUGAUAGUGGGUGCCCUCAGUGAUGGCCAGGUGCCCUGCAGUGCCAUACCUGAGCUCCUGCGUGUCGCCAAGCCAGGUGGGCUGGUGUGCCUGACCACCAGGGCCAACCCAUCCAACCUGCAGUACAAGGAGGCACUGGAGGCCACCCUGGACAAGCUAGAGCAGGCUGGGGCCUGGAAACGCCUGGUGGCCCAGACUGUUGACCACUGGGAGCUGGCCACCUCUCCUCUUGAGGUGGCACCCGGCUCCAAGGAUGGCUUCAUCUCGGGCAUCAUCUACUUGUACCAAAAGCAGAGGUCUCCCUGAUGGAGGGAGUGAGGCCCGGUCACAGCUCCUAGCUGGCCUCUGAGCUUCCAAGUGACCUUAGCCAGGCCCAUCUUCUGGCCCUCUUUGCUCCAUCUGUAAAAUGGGACCAUUGUAUCAAACCUGCCCCUUAAGAAUGUUCUGCCUAUUAAAUGAACUCCCAGAAGUAACAAAAA